AUGGCAGAACAAAAUAUAAAAAUGCCAGAAGGGAAAGCUCCCCAUUUUCCCCAACAACCUGUUGCCAGACAAAAUGAUGAUGGAUCACUUGAAUUGGAAUGUUUUUUGGAAGCUCAACCUGUUCCGGACAUUAAAUGGUUUUAUGAAAAUAAUGAACUCAAAUCAAGUGAAAGAUUUUCUUUUCGUCUUGAAAAUAGAGGGACUGACGCUUAUUCAUCUAUUCUACAAAUUAAGGAUUUGGCUGACAGUGAUGCUGGCGCUUAUCGAUGUGCAAUUGUAAAUCCAUUUGGGAAAGGAAAUGCUAAUUUCAAUUUAAAAUUAACUGGUGUAUAUGCUGAUAUUUUCUUUAAAUAUUUUUAUUUUUUAGGCUUUAGUUCUCCAACUUUUAUUGAAAAACCACAAAUUUCUUCUCGAGAUGAUGGCCGUGUUAUGAUUAUGGAAUUUAAAGCUAAAUCAAUUCUUAAACCAACUUUUGUUUGGCAAAAAGGAGAUGAAAUUGUUGCUGAAUCUGAUCGAUACAAAAUUAUUUUGAAAGAAACCGGAAAUCACGAAUUUUAUGCGGCAUUAGAAAUUGUUGAACCAAAAAAGGAAAAAGAUGCUGGGCAAUUUGUUUGUACUGCAAAAAAUGAAUCUGGAAAAUUAACUGCUACGUUUUCUGUUAAAUUUGAAGUUCCCCAAGGAGCGCCUACUUUCACUCGAAAACCACAAAUUUUGCAGAAAACCUCUGAUUCUGGUGAUCCCGCAAUAGUUUUUGAUAUUGGCUUUCAAGCCGACCAAAAUCCUGAGGUUAUUUGGCUUAAUCCAAAAGGCAAAAAGAUGAAAGAAUCUAGCAGAAUUAAAUUUGGUUUGACUCCUGAUGGAGGUGCAAAUACAUACACUGCUCAAUUGGAAUUAAAGAACUACAAAGCAAAAGAUAGUGGGACAUAUACUUGUAACAUAAAAAAUGAUGCUGGGGAAGCAAAUGUUGAAUUAACGCUUAAUAUUGAAGGUGAUAUUAAAGAAGAAAUAAACGAGUCUUUUAUGGAAGAAAUUGAUAGACCGACAACUGUGGAUGAUUUUAAUUAA